AUGUGUCUCCCCCUGUCUCAUCGCGGUAUAUCGUCGACUGCUGCCUCCGCCGCAGUGACAAGCAACCUUGCGCCACAGCCUACUUCCGCUCAGACCCACUCUAUACCCGUGCCUCCGGCCACACUAUCAGCUCCGCUCGUACCCCCGCCUCCCUACGUCCCAGCGGUCCUUGACCCACCAGUCGUCUCGCACAUUUGGGACCCUUGUCCGUGCGAGCAAGCUACAUCGCCUUCUGCCUCAUCUACCAACAUCCAGGGCGUUAAUGCCACUUCUGCGCCUGCGUCUGCGUCCUCGUCUGCCUUUGCCUCGUCCUCUCUGCCUCCCUCCUCCAGUUCGCAACAGUUCGCCGGCGGCGAUGAGCACCCCGCGACUGAGGAGGAGGAAGACGAACCGCCCUCUCCCUCGCCAGCUAGACAACGGCGCAAGGCGAAGCAGCCGAUGCGACCCAAGCCCAUUCCUGGCUUCAUUGAGGCGCCCAACGGACCAGCUGCGAAGGUCGGCGACACACGCAUUAGGCAGGAAACCAACACGCGCUCGGCGAUGACGCCCUCCCAGGAUACGCAUGCGCGCAUGGAGAUCUUGUCGGCGGACAUGGCCAGCUCCGUGGGCUCUCUAGAGCGAACGAUGGAGGCUUUGCUGGACGCCACUUCAGACCAGCGCGCGCGACCUCUAGACGCGGGAGCUUCUACAGUGCAUGCAGGACAGCAUCAAACGGCUUCUCCGACUCGGUACACGACCUCGCGGAUUCGUUCCGGGCGUUUGCGCGUCAGUCGCUCCUUCACUGGCGCGAUGAUCGCGUACCCGAUGACGCUCCCCGCGCGCCUCUUCCUAAGCGCGCGCGCGGAAAUGGCGAACCGUUGGAGCACAUUAGGAAUGUUGACACUGUCGCCCCUGCCUCGGCCAUCAACAUCGCCCGCGCAGACGCUGUUCCCGUCCUCGCCGGAUCACCAUCACACUGCUGGCGUGAGCACGCAACCUGCCGCCCCGUCUUUGGGUAGUGCCACAGCAGCCGCCACGUUCCUCUCCCAACCCACGGACCCGUACAUGGCGACGCAGGCUCACCCUGCAUUCAAUGGUUCAAUGAUGGCUGUGCCGACGAGCCAACCGGCCAAUAUGCCUCCGGUGACCGGUCCCAGUGCCAGCUCCUCGGCCUUCAUGUUCGGUGGCAGCAGGCCGCGAAGAGGACAGCGUGGCCGCUCCGAUGCACCCGCCAACGGCUUGCCGCGCGACGCGUUCGAGCUUCUAACGCGCCCAGGCCCUCGCGGUGUUGUUCCUUGCCUGGACAAGCAAUGGGCGGCGGCGUACCUGCGCAAGGACUUCGCCGAACAGGCGAUCAGGCUCUGGACCGAGCUCCCCAAGCCAGACGUCGAUACCGCUGCCAUUCGGUUCGUUCUCGUUACGGACGAGCCCCGUUCCUUUUCUGGCACACAGAAGGCACCUUCCAACAGCCUGCCAAAGCGACACUUCGUCGAGAAGAUCACAAAGUUCGAUGUCCUCCUGGUGCAGGAGACUAAGCUUGUCGAAGACCCAAGGCAUCUUCAGCCAUACCUCGCGGCUACAAGGCCUUGUACCACUCUCGGCGCGAAACAACACAACAACGCGGUCGGAGGGGUCGCCGUCUUCAUACGUAGCGAUCUUCCUUGCACCAAGCUCACGGCACAUUGUUCACCGGAUAUCCUUGUCCUCGACAUUGACUGGGCCGACUGUGCGCCUAUGCAUUCGCUGUCGGAAACGAUUCUGAUGCUCUGUGCGCUCGCCAGACCAAUCUUCUUGAUGGGGGACCUGAACGCACGAACGCACUCGCUACAGGGCUGGAAUGAUGCCCCUCCCCGAAUCUCAGUCAACACGCGCUUCCCGGGUAGUGUAACGAUCGAAGGAGCUUCUCGACCUGGCGCGCGCGACGCUCGCCUGACUAUCCUCAAUGGACUAUCACGCUUCGACGCCUCCUCGAGCUCCUUGACGUCGUUUAACAAGGACAAGGUCCAUCACAACCGGAUAAAAUUGGUCGUUGACUAUACCCUCACGAAUGCCGCCGGGAUGCCGCUCACUGUUGACCUCUCUGUCUGGCCCUGCGGGGUAUGGUCUGACCACGCGCCGGUCGUUUUCGUUUUCGUUCUCGGACCACCGGAGGACCAUCGACUGUUCGAUCGCGCGCCUGAGCACCCAUUUGCGCGGCUACAGAAGCGCGAGAUCGCCACCCUGCCCCGCGAUACCGAGCUCAGCCGCAAGUGGGCCGACCUAGUCGAGGGUGCACGGGCUUCACCUCCUGAGUCUCGCCACGAGAAGCUCGUCGGUAGGGCGUACUGUAGCGGAACACCUGUUGCUGUGUACACGAAUGGCUUCUCUCUUGGCAAUGGCCCAGGCAGGCUGGGUGCGAAGGCCGACGCUGGCGUAUACUGGGGACUCGGCGCAAAGAGCAACCGCGCCAUACGGGUACCCGACGCGCAGACGAACAACCGCGCAGAGAUGUUUGCGAUCCUGCACGCACUGGCACAGGCUUCUCUCCACCGCCCCCUCAUCAUAUACUCGGAUUCGGAGUAUGCCAUCCGUUCUCUCUACGAGUGGCUCCUGCGCAUGCAGCUAUCGGUUGCUCGCACGUCCACGCCACACUUUGAGCACAUCAACGCACACAUAGUCAACGCUGCGGGCGACGCCGCGGACGGCCUCGCUAAGGACGGUGCCCUCCUGGACUCUGGGCUACAGCAAUGCGCGUACACUGCCCCCUCCUGCUGCAUGUGUCUUGCUCUUUGGACAGGCCCUGAAUAUCCCUAG